ACAUAAAAAACGAAGAACUUUGUUAUGGUUAGGUUGAGGGCUAGGGUUGGUCCUAAGGCGGUUUAGGAUCGGUUAAGGUUAGGAUUAGGGUGGGUUCGUAUUAGUGGGAAACAUUAACGCCGCUACACUUAGCUGCUGUUUCUUUUUGACCAAGCUUGUAAAGUUUUAGCAUAAAGCAGGAGAUUAAUCAACCCGUAAUAUAUUCGUCUGCUAGUGUUACUUAUUAAUUAUUUACAUUCGACAAUGUCUUACACUCUAGCUCAAUCGCGACUCUCACAAGGACAAGCGGAUAUCCGAAAGAAGUCUGACAAAUCGCAGGAGCCCCUGAAUGCAACACACUGGAGGGCGGGGCUUUUCUAUCUGUGUGUCAAGUUGCAGUUUGUCUGAAAUUUAAUGAAUGUGGUUGGUCCACGCACGCAGAACAGUGAACACAGCUCUACGCCUAAAGGGAAAAAUAAGAGUAGCUGCUGCUUUCAAGUGACCAUCUUGACAGGUGCGGAAGGUUGACAACAUGAGUCCACUUGUCCGGGUCAUCGUGGUGGGAGCAGGCUGUCGAGGAGAGAUCUAUUCCCGCUAUGCUAUUAUCCACCCUGACCGUGUGCAGGUUGUUGGAGUAGCCGAUCCCCGGAAGUUUGCUCGCACAAAGUUCCAACAAUUGUUCAACAUUGCAGAUGAGAACCUGUAUGAAGACUGGCGCAUUUUAGCUGAAAGAGAGAAGUGUGCAGACGCCGUUUUAAUUUGCACACCAGACACCCUUCAUAAGGAGCCUGCAGUGGCCUUUGCAAACAAGGGCUACCAUGUCCUUCUGGAGAAACCAAUGGCCACAACGGCUCAAGACUGCAUAGAGAUUGUGGGGGCGUGCUCUCAGAGCGGUGUGAUGCUAUGUGUGGGUCAUGUUCUACGAUACGAUCCCAGCAUCCGCAAAAUAAAGGAGCUGAUAGACUCCGGUGUCAUUGGUGAUGUGAUCCACAUUCAGCACUUUGAGCCGGUUGGCUUUUGUCACUUUGCUCACUCCUUUGUUCGUGGAAACUGGAGGAAAGAAGCAGAGAGCUCUUUUGCUCUUCUGGCCAAAUCAUGCCACGACAUCGACCUGAUCCAUCAAUGGGCCGGAGCACGCAGGUGUUUGAAAGUGACGUCGUUUGGCUUCGUCAGCCACUUCAGUCAAGAAAACAAGCCAACAGGGGCUGCUGUUCGCUGCCUGGACUGUUCAGUAGAGGACACAUGUCCGUACUCGGCAAGCAAAAUCUACCUGGACAGAGUGAAAAAGGGGCACACUGGCUGGCCCAUUUCCGUCAUAUGCCCCAACUCUUUCCCAGACAUUGAGACGGUAACUGAGGCUCUCAGGACUGGACCGUACGGCCGCUGUGUCUACGAGUGCGACAACGAUGUCUGCAGUAACCAGGUUGUUAACAUGGAGUUUGAAGGUGGUCUGACUGCAGCCUUCUCUAUGGUUGCUUUCACUGAAGAUACCGGCAAACGAAAAACAGCCAUCUAUGGCAGCAAGGGCGAGUUGUCAUUUAAAGAUGAGGAGAUUCGAGUGUUUGACUUUCUGACCCAGAAAGCCACCAAACAUGCGGUAAACGUGGAUUGCCCCAUGCACUUUGGCCUGUCUGGACACGCUCAAGCUGAUUACUUCUUGAUUGAUUCUUUCAUUUCUGCUGUGACUAACAAUGACCCAUCGCUCAUCGCUUCCGGUCCUGAAGAGACACUGCAGAGCCACUUGCUGGUGUUUGAGGCAGAGCGAUCGCGACAGGAAAGCAGGGUGGUUCAAUUCAACCACUCUGGAUGAUCUUUUAAAAAAAAACUAAUAACGAUGAAGGAAAAUAGUAAUGAUUUACUUCUGAAAUAAUCAUAUUUGUGGUGGGGUACACUUUUAAUAUUUGUGUGCUCAGUAACAUUUAAUUUUAUUAUUUAUGCUUAAUUAACAUAAACUGGCUGUGACAUGAUGUCUCACAGUAACCCAAUUAAGGCAAUACUUGAACUAAGACUUUCAGAUUGUAUUUGUGCACUCUCCAUAUACAUCAAUGGCUUUUUAACACCAUGCCUGCCUUUUUAAAAUGUUCUUACGAACCAUAAGUAAGGCAUGUCGACUUUAGUUAGAGGUUAUGUUUGCGGUUGUCACCUGUAAAAAGGAACCAAAAGGGGUGUGAAAGCACCCUUCUAGCCACCCCUAUGAUGUCCCACAGGGUACCAUCCUCGGUCCGUUACUCUAGUUACCUUUUAGGUCAAAUUCUCAAUAGCUUCAUAUUAAUUUUCUCAUUGCGGUCUGGUGAAAUCCAUAACCUCUCUACUUGCUGACUGUCCCAUUUGACACUCUCAUUAAAACAAUAUCCUGUUUCUUCACACCACUGGGAAGACAUGCUUGUUCAUGGUUUUACCUCCUCUCAUGUACUUAUUUUUUCUCCUCCCUCAGGUUAUCUUCCCUGUCUUAUUGCUGUUUUUCUUUACCUCUGACUUGCAUUUUGCACCUGCAUUGUAAAGCACUUAGUAACCCAUGCGUGUGAAAAGUGCUGUGGACAUUCGAUGUACUUUUAAGGGGAAUGAAGACUGCAAGUCUAUGGUCAGGCUAAAAAUGGUUCUAAAUUGAUAUCUAAAACAGCUACCCAUGUAAACAUGUAUUUAUAACCAACUGUUUUUCUUUAGUUCCACUGACUUCCAUUCUGCUUGAACUUGAGACUGUAACUACAACCCUCACAACACAAUGUAUGUAAAUGUGUUAUCUACAAGUUGGAAGCCCAGAGACAGACUUUUUCACAGUCCACACUUUUUUGCUGUGACGGGCCAUUGCUGGUAGCGCAAUUCAGGAGAAGCAGGUCAUCUGGGGCCUGGUGUAAAAAAUUGCAUAGGAUCCACAUUAAAAGUAGACAUGUGUAGGAAAGCUGCAGUAGUCCACAUAAAAACAUCUCCACAUCAGGACCAGCCCACUUUUUGCCAUCAUCCAUGGCCAAUGCAGAGUAGCUCAUUAAUGUUGAUGCAUAUACUAUGCACAACACAGACCCCUGGUCCCCCUGUCUUUGUUCUCUUUGAGUCUGAGGACAAAAUAGGGGAAUAGUUAUAUCUGUAACCAAACCCAAUCAAAAAUAGAAUAAGCUUUCCUGUCACUGCUCUUCUCCAUACACUCACCCACUUAUGGGCUGCUGUGGGAAGCUAUCCUCUCAUUUGCUCCCUUGCUUCCGGAACGACUGCCUUUCCGGGCUUUGUCCUCACUGCAUAUCACAUAAUAUUUCAAUUCAUACAUUUGCUUCCCCUUGAAAAUGAUCAAUAAGCAAAUAUUUGACAGACUUUAGAUAAAUAUAUUGGGGUGCCUAAAAUGCAAUAAAGCAUUUGGAGAGAAAGAAAAGGAUUUGGUCUGCUCUUUACAUGAACGUUACAACAGCUUCCACUCUUCUGGAGAGACUGUCGGAAUGUUUGUCUUUGGUUUACAUACAGUCUUAUUCCAAAAUAAACACACAACACCCUGUAAUGACAACAUGAAAAAAAUUCACAGCCUUUGCUCAAUACUGUUUAUGCAACUUUGACUACAUUUACAGCCUCAAGUCUUUAUGAAUAUGAGGUGUGGUAUUGUUGUUGAGCUUCUGUGGUAAUUUCCAUGCUAGUCUUUCGCCUUUAUGCAUUCAGCAAGUGCUGGGCAAUAUGGUCUUAAGGUCUCGAUUUUUUUUUUUCUUCACAAAAAUGCGAUUAAUUGUCAACUUUAGUUUAUUUUUCCCCCCUUCACUUAUAUUAAAAGCAAAUGAGUAUAUGACAUUAUUCAAAUCAAGUGUUGUACUUUUUAUUCAUUCUGAAAUUUGCUUUAUUUUUCCUGAUACCAUUUUUUCCCCCAAAAGCAUGACCUAAAAACAACUCCCACAGAAAUAAUAGAAAUCUUUGAUUUUCUUUACACAUAAUGUGAAAAUAUGUGUUUCCUCUGGGAAAAAUUUCUUUUCAGUCAAAAUGUAUUUAAACUGAUUUAACAUGAAUAAAAUUAACUGUCAAACUGCAUAA